UCUUGCUUUCAAAAAUAAAACAAUUUCGAAACUUUUCGUGGGGGGUCGGGUUUAGUUUAUUUGAUAUUGUAGAAUGCAGAGGGGCAAUGGCAGUCCAGCAGCAUGCGCAGCAUGCAAGCAUCAGAGGAAGAGGUGCGACGAAAACUGCGCCUUGUCUCCCUACUUCCCUGCGAGUAAAACCCGAGAAUUCCAGGCGGUACACAAGGUGUACGGGAUGAGUAAUGUUAUAAAGAUAUUACGGAGUAUUGAGAGCGAAGACGAGCGGAGGAGGGCGGCUGAUUCGCUUGUGUGGGAAGCGUUUUGCAGGCAAACGAAUCCUGUGUUGGGUUCGUAUGGGGAGUUUAAGAAGGUGGUAGAAGAGCUUAAGUUUUACAAAAACCAAAAUCAACAGUUGCAAGAGGCUUACGCAAGGGCAUCGGAGUUGAUCGGGUGGAACAGAUCUAGUAAUGGGAUGAACACCGCCGCUGCUGGCGCCAGUGGCUGCCGGAAUAAUGGAUUGAAUUACGUGAACAAUAAUCGGAAUUCGAAGUUAGAUUCGAUUAGUGCUUAUGGUUAUCCAAGGCAGGUCCAAAUCCAAGAGGAAGUAAGGGCAGAAAGAGAUGCCGCUUCUGCAGUACUUGUGGUGCCCCAGCAACACUCCACCAAUGGCUUCACACAGCAAUACUGCUUUCCAGGUGAGUUGAGUUCAGUGAAUGGUAGAACAAUGGAUAGUGUAAUAUGGGAAGGUGGAUCAUAGUCCAUAUGAUCCAUGAAUCACCCUCUUUUUUCAUUGUUGUUUCAUUUUCUAAUGUAUUGCUAGAGUCUACACUAUAUAUUGUGUCUUCUUAUUAGUUAGAAACAAAGAAAAAGGAAUAUGAUAUCAUGAUGGAGCAUUUUAUAU